UUGUGGCUAUGUUGUUCGGUCAAAAUUUGACAAACUCAGGUGCCCGGUUAGCAAAUUUGUACUUAACAUACGUUAUUUAGAAGAUAAUAUUUACAAACAGUUAUAUUUGAUGACUAUAUAAGUUAAAGUUACGUAUAUAUCACAUUUGGCACAGGAUAUACAUGGCUAAACUGGUUGCCGUAUGUCGAACGGACGACUAUCAAUUUGAACGGAGACAGCUCCCAUUGACAGUCGAUGACAAUUUGAAGAUGGUUGUCCAGUUUAGUGACAACUGUGUUGAUUGUGAACAUGUAAGAGGAAUCAAACAAAAGGAACUGGAACAUUUUGUUCAGAGAUUUAGUCGACUCACAAAAGAUGAAGUGGCUGUUGAGAUGAUGGUCACUAGUAAAGACAUUAUGAAUCUUCUAACACAUAUGGUUCCCUGUGUUGGUUGUAGGAGAAGUGUUGAAAGACUGUUCAACGAUUUGGUGGAAUCUCAGCACACAGCAUUAGAACCCCUUAUCAUCACACGACGUGGUGUGUUAUCAGUUAAUCGUGACAGUCUUUUUGAUCCGAAAGCAUUGUAUGCUCUAUUCUACAUUCAUGGAUCAAAGCUGACAUCUGUGAUGGAAUCUAUUCCUAAAAGUAAGAAGAACAAAAGGUGUAAUCUUCAUUCCUUAGAGACCCAUAAGACAAGAACACCAGGAAGCUGGAUAGAUAUAUGGGAUUUAUUAGCUCAAGAUUGCAGAGAAGAAGUAGUGCUAGUAGAUGCAGAUGGUCUCUUGGAUACACUUGAAAAUUAUCUUAGAAAACACAGGUUUUGUUCAGAAUGUAAGUCAAAAGUGCUGAGAGCUUACAGUAUUUUGGUUGGAGAUUUGGACUGUACUAAAGAGAAGGGUUAUUGUGCUGCCUUGUAUGAAGGUUUACGAUGUUGUCCUCAGGAACGCCACAUCCAUAUGCUCUGUGAUACAGAUUUCAUAGCUCAUUUGAUAGGCAGGGCAGAGCCAGAGCUAGCUGGAGGAACUCGCAGAGAUAGACAUGCCAAAACUUUAGACAUUGCCCAGGAAGAAGUGCUGACCUGCCUUGGUAUACAUGUGUAUGAGAGGCUGCAUAGAAUAGCUCAAAAAUUGAAGGAAGAGGAACAGACUUGGCAGAUUCUAUUCUUCCUUGGAGUGGAUGCUCUAAAGAAAAGCUUUGAGGUGGCAUUAGAGAAAAAGCAAGGUGUGUCAAACUUAGAAUUGAUGUAUGAGGAAUUGUUGGAAGAGGAAAGAGCUAAGGAACAAAGACGGGAACAGAAAAGACAAAAGAGAAAAAAGAAGAAAGCCAAGUCAUCUCAGAUUGCUGAAAAGGAAAACAUUGCAGUUGAGAUUGACAAUGAUAACUCUAAAUGUGAAUGUGAUAAGGAGAGAAGUAAAGAUAAGUCUUCUCACAAGUCUUGUAAAGACAAAUGUAGUAUCUAUGGUGACCACAAUUCCAAUACUACCUUGGCUUCAAUGGAAAGUUGUCGGAGUAAUCAAUCAGGAGAAAAGAAAGGAGGAAGUGAUUGUGGUUAUUCAUCAGGUGCUGAUGGUUGUGACAACUGUAGUGUGCCAAGUUCUAAUGAUUCAGACAUCUCCUGUCUGGAUAACAUAUGUGGUAGUCAAGAUGGAGGUGAUAGUGUAUGUGGUUCCAAUGACAGGUUAGACUCAUGCCAAACAUGUUUGUCUGAAAGUUCUCCAUCUAAACUGAACCACAAAAGAAAUCACUACAAGUGUGAAAUGUCUGUGAUUCCUCAGCAUCAGGAAGACUGCUGUGAUGCCAAUACAAGCUCUCAACAGUACAUGCCACUUAGUCUUCAAGAUAUGCUAGAGGCACCAUGUUCAUCAGAAGAUGAGGACGAUUUUAUUUCAGAAGAAGAAAUUAAGCAAUUCAAAGCUAACGAAAAAAAUCUUCAGGUCCAAAGGGAGGAGUUAAGAGAGAAACUUAGAAAACAGUUCUGUAGUUUCUGUACAGUACAUCAAAAGACACCAGAUACUUCACCUACAUUGUCUGGAUCAGUACGUCCAUCCAACAGUUGAGUUCACUCAGUUCCAUGGAUUUUUUUAUUUUUCAUUUUCUGUAAUGUGUUUUGGUUGACUUUGUUUGUAAUCUUCUUUAUUUAACAGUAUACACAUAGCUUCUGUCUUUGUAGUAUUUAUUAUACAGAAACCUGUCAGUCAGUAUAUGUUAGUGUCAAAGGAUUUGUCUAAACUUGUACAUGCAGUGCAGUUGCAGGAAUGAUGCAUAAGGGAAAUUAUUUACAAUAUUUUCUGCUGUUUCAUUGGUUACGGAAAUUAAAACAAUUUAUUAGGA